AUGGAUGGUGCGGCCAAGAAGGAUGACAGCCUCGAAAAUGGUGAUGAGAAGGUGACACUGCUGGGUGGCAAACAGCGGCGCGAAUGCUCUUGGACUUGCGGUGCCGCAGAGUUCCUCGAUGACUUGGCAGGAGCCAUUGGCUACAAACUCCUUUUCCUGCUUUUUGUUGUGGAGCAUGUCAAUAGAGGAUUUGUGGCCGACUUCUCUGGUCAAGCGGAGUCGUACGUGUACAAGACGUAUGCCGUGCCUGCUCCGCGAGUUCAAAUCUACUCAGGCAUCUCGAAGCUCCCUUGGGCUUUGAAGCCGGUGGUGGGCCUCAUCAGCGACGUGAUGCCCAUAUGUGGCUACCACAAGGCCCCGUACAUGAUCGGAGCGGUUUUCGUUGGCAGUGCUGCCUUCCUCGCUGUGGGCGCUGUGCCGCACAGCAUGCUUCCGGUGUCUCUGCUGGUGGUUUGUAUCUUCCUGCAGCAGUCGCAGUUGUCGGUGUGCGAUAUCCUGGCUGAAGCAAGAUAUGCGCAGCAGAUACAGGAAGUCCCAGCCUUCGGAUCGCAUGUGCUGAGCUUCGUAUGGUUUGGUAUGAACGCGGGGUCUGUGCUGGGCGUCUUAUUGUCCGGCCUCCUCCUCGCCAACGCAUCGCCAAAGCUGCCUUUCCUGAUCUCUGCCCUGCCAGCCGCAAUGGUGCUGAUCCCUUUGUUUUAUGGCUGUCUUGAAGAAAAGAUGGUGCGAUCAGAAGAAACGGCCGAAAGAAGGAAGAAAUUCUAUGCGCAGAGGGAGGCCUGCUUUUUGAGUUUGUUGAUCUGCGUGGUUUGCAUAGGUUUGACUGCUUGUGGGCUGAUUUCUUCAAGCACGCGUGUCAACGCGAUCGCCGCCACCAUCGCUUUCUUUGUGGUGGGCUUCUUCUUUAGCGUAUUUCUCUCCCCGGCAAUAGCCAGGUUCAACUUGUGGUCGCUGUUGCAGACGUCGUUAUCAUUAUCGACGAGUGGCGCAGCAUUCUACUUCAUGACCGAUACUGAAGAGCAAUACAAAGAGGGCCCUCAUUUCUCGCCUUUGUACUACAACUCGGUGAUUGGAACAGUCGGAGCACUCAUGUCCCUGGUGGGCGUCGCGACAUUCCAGCGCUAUUUCAGCACCUACCGGUACAGGAACCUGCUGCUUGUCACCAACAUUGCCUUCUGCUUCAUGAACGCCCUGGACACUGUCUUGUUCAAGCGCUUGAACGUUAGCAUGGGCAUCCCGGACCAUGCUUUUGUGCUGGGUACCAGCUGCAUGCAGAACGUCCUUAUGCAGUGGCAGUGGAUGCCUCAAGUUAUCAUCCUUUCCUAUUUCUGCCCGCGGGGCAUGGAGGCCACAAUGUAUGCUCUCCUGGCCGGGUGCCACAAUUUGGGCAACACGAUUGCCAGCUGUUGGGGAGCCCUCCUUCUGGAAAUCUUGGACGUCAAUCCGACAGGGUCAGUCGGCGAAUCUGCUCAGUUUGACAACCUUUGGAAGGCUUCGCUGCUUGCUUCCAUGAUGCCUAUCAUCACGGUGGUGGCCCUCUUUCAUUUCAUACCGGAUGUCAAGCAGGGCGAUCCUGUUGUGGACCCUAACGCCGAAGCUACGCAAGGCUCCUUAUGGAGGCAGUUCUGGGAUGCUUAA